UUUGUAACGUACUUGACAUUACACAUGUCUUCUGACGGCUGUCCUCUAUAUCUAAUCAUCCAAAGUGCAUGAUAUUACUGUAACCAAUACUGACAGCAAUCAAAGAGUGAGUUGAACUGAAUGUAGGAGCUCUGAAGAGGUGAACAUGACUGCUAGAGGAACACCGAGUCGAUUUUUACAAAGCGUUCUUCAUAAUGGAGUGGGUCGCUAUGUUUGUCAGCUAAAGCGAAUAUCCCUGAUAUUCUCAAAGAAAGCCCAGGGCUCUUUAGGAGUCAGGGAUUUCAUUGAAGAAGGUGUGGUUGACUUUGCCAAGAAUAACCCAGGAACUGUGGUUUACAUCUCACCUCAGUCUUGCAGAAUUCCAAAGAUUGUAGCUGAAUAUUUGAAUGGUAAUGUGAAGGAGGAGAUGGUCACCAACAAAACAUCACAGGAAAUUGCAGAACUUAUAACUAAGCUGUCCAACCAAUCAGGACUGGACAUUAUCCGCAUUCGUAAACCCUUCCACACAGACAGUCCAAGUAUCCAGGGGCAGUGGCACCCCUUCACAAAUCGACCUCCCAGCAUCGAUCCAGUCGGCCCACAGACAAAAUAAGGACUUUGCAAUGUAUUUAUUCUCUGACUGAUGUUCUGACCUUUGACCUUCUGCGGCAGCACAAAAUCAACACAAAUUUUACAUGUUUUCAGCAGUGACCUGUUAGUAGAUGAAUUAUUUGUGGCUUGAUAAAGCUUAUAUAACAAUGAAA